AACUCUACUGAUAUUGACGAGUGCCACUUUAUGUCAUUUGAAGAGUGGAAGAAACUGAAAAAAGAGGCAGACGUAGUACAGUCAGAAUUACAGCAAGCCACCAAUACUUCCAAAAAUACCACCAAACAUAAGUUCAAGAACAAGAACUCGACUUCAAAGGAGCUUUCUAUACGUAGAAAUGACAGUACGAAUUCCACAGACAUCGAAUCACUAGAACAUGUCAUAACCCCCGAAGAAGGGAGAGUGUACAAGGAUAGAUUUAACUAUGCCUCUUCGGGGUGUGGUGCAAAUAUAAUAAAGACAAAUUCAGAAGCGAAAGGUGCUUCAGCUAUCUUAGCAGAAAAUAAGGAUUCAUACUUAUUGAACAGAUGCUCCGCCAGUAACAGAUUUGUGGUUAUCGAACUUUGUCAGGAGAUUUUAGUGGAUUCGGUUGUAGUGGGAAAUUUUGAAUUCUUUAGUUCUAUGUUCAAAGAAGUAAGAGUUUCGGUAAGUGACAAAUUUCCAACUACUAAUUGGCGAGUUUUGGGCGAGUUUGAAGCUGAAAAUGUGAGAGACGUUCAAACAUUCAAGAUUCAAAAUCCGUUGAUUUGGGCAAGAUACUUCAAGUUGGAAGUCUUGAGUCAUUAUGGGGAUGAAUUCUAUUGUCCAAUCACUUUGGUUAGAGUUCAUGGAAAGACGAUGAUGGAAGAAGUUAAGGAAAACGAGGAAAGUUCUCAGACUCAGGACGAAGACGAAGAAUUAUUAAUUGAUACAACAACUCUCAACCAAUUCGAUAAUGACACCCUUGACGAAUGUAGAGUGUUCAUGCCCCAUUUGGGAUUGAACGAGUUUCUCCUGGAUUUCAUUAGUACGGUUCCUGAUUACUGUGACAUAAAGAGCAAUGAGCAAGAACAAGUUCAUACGACUGAAGCUCAUACCACGACUCAAGAAUCUGUCUACCGAACUAUUAUGAAUCGCUUAUCUUUGCUUGAAUCCAAUGCUACACUAUCACUAUUAUACAUUGAGGAACAAAGCAAAUUGCUAUCAACUGCAUUCACAAACUUGGAAAGAAGACAAAGUAUGAAUUUUGAGUCGUUGAUCGACUCCGUCAAUUCCACACUAAUUAACCAACUUAUCAAUUUCAAGGAUUCAUACUUACUGAUGCACAGCGAAUACGCAAAGUUGUACAAGCUCCAGGAGUUGAAUCAUCAAGAUUUGUUAAGUAACUCAAAACAGAAACUUGGAAGUCUUGGAAACGAACUUACGUUUCAGAAGCGUAUGGCAGUUUUCAAUACCAUUAUCAUCCUCUGUCUUCUUGUGUAUGUCAUUGUAACAAGAGAUGCCUACAUU